CCUGCCUGACAUAAGCCUACCGGGGGAAGGGGAGGUGUGGCACUAGACAAGGAUAUUUAAUACUGUAACAUAGUAACACAACGGGUAAAGUUGUGGAAGUAAGGCAAGGAAUUCGUACACAGAAAGGUAUUGAAUUAACGGGCUUUGGUUGAAGCCUGAGAAAGGGCGGAGACGCGCUUCUUGAUGGCUGUCUAACUUUGAGCACUAUGAAACAGGAAAACUAGCAGACAUUAGGGAAAGUUUUAAAAAAUAUAUUAAAAAAACCUUAUUGCUAUUCGGUGCCUGUCUGUUGCUUCUCUACUGAAUAUGGCAGGGACACGUACAAGAAGAGUGGCUGGUUCGGAACAGUCCCGAACUGCGAGGGCAGCUGCUCUUGCUGAGGAGUUGCACCAUGAAUGCACUCUCUUAUUGGAACUUUAUAGAAAAAAGGAGACGUUCGCAGAGGAACUCACCGUCGGCGGGGAGCGCCUGGUGACCGUGCCGCCGCUCUCCUCCCAGCUCUCGCCGAAUGACAGGUUGUGGCGCCUCUACUCCGCCCUGCAACAGUGCCGGAACCUCCUGGAGCGUGCCAUUGGCCUGGAAGAGGGGGUGGGAAACGACGGGGACAGGGCCGAAUACGAAAGCCAGAGGAAAACAGUGAGGGACCGGCUGGGGCACCUGCUAGCGAGCACACGGCUCCUCCUGGAGGACGGAGCUGGAACUGCAGCCUUCACUCCUGAUCCGAAGAAUACUGAGACAGCUAGUCUGGUGAACGGCAGCCCGUUUGCGCUAAAACUCUGGAUCUACCGCAUCUUCAGCGAGCUGGAGCACUGGACGCUCACCACCUCCAGGACCCUGAAGGCCCUGCACCCCGAUGGAGCCACCUCCAAGGAGAGCAGAACCAGGGGGAGGCCAAGAGGGAGGAGGACCCGGAGAUGAGAUAGUAGAGAUUGGAAAGAGUAGCCUGUGAGUGAGGAACGAGAGAGCAGGGGAGAGAGAGGGAGAGAGAGAGGUAGCGAUGGAAAGAAUGGGAGAGAGAUAGAGAGGUAGCUUGAGAGGAUGAGGUAGGAGGGUCUGAUGUGGAAGAAGAAAGAGUAAAGGCAUGCAGGAGUCUGAAAGUCUGAGAGAGAGAUGGAAACAAGAGGAGAAGGAAAAGAGUGACAACAGCCAGUUCUGUGAUUCUGUGAAAAGAGGGAGAGGAGUAUAUGUUUAAGUUAAUAAAUAAAUAUAUACAGUGGUGACAAGGACAUAAGAGAAAGCAUGAGAAAGUAUAUUACUACAUACUGUACAACCAAUGUGUGACAUAACAGUGUUGAUUUUGAAGCAAUUUUGGUCAUUCAAGACAUACUUUUCUAACAAGGGCCCUGCGCUGUAGCUCCGCUUGCUGCUAACAGACAUAGGACACUGGGUGACACGUAGCCUAGCGGUUAGAACGUUAGGCUAGUAACUAGCUAAAAUGUGUCAAUAACAAACAAAAUAAAUCGCUGUAGUUCAACACGGUUUGAUGCAGUAAAAAUCAAGUAAAGUUAUUACAGAAGAAAUGUGCGGUUUACACCUGGUAUCAAGAUGUGUUCUCUGCCUGGUUUUACAGCCUACAGUCAAAGUAUUCAACCAUGACCUUCCUUUGGCCUACUCCAGACAUACAAGGACCAGUAUUUCAGAACAUUUAAUUUAGUCUCCUCCCACUGGGCACACACUAGUUGAAUCAACGCUGUCUUCACGUCAUUUCAAUGAAAUUACGUUGAACCGACGUGGAAUAGGCGUCGAACUGACGUCUGUGCCCGGUCGGCUGUUCUCUCUUUAUGCUAACUGAAAGGCAAUAUUCAUAUGUCAUGUGGUCAUUAAUAUAAGCAUGAUCUUGAUUGUAACAUUUGGUGUGGUUAUUGUAAGAGAUUUGGUUUGGCAUUGCCUUACAAUUUCCAAUCUGAUUAGGGAAACAGAAUUUUAUACAACACAGGAUCAUUUUGAUAUGGAUUAAAUGUUCUGAUAAACUGGCCCCUUGAUCCCAAAACAAUCUCACAAAUGAGAUGUAAUGUUGGUGACAGCUACAGGAUCCACUUUGAUAAUGGAGUGUAGAUUUCCGGUUCAAGACGGUGGUUUAUGUGAUAUCAAUUUCCAGUCCUUGUGAGCCGGUACAAGGACCAGCAUUAGAUGGAAAUCACCACAAAUUGUUUCACAUUUAAGAUGCAUCCCAAUAGUCUUAAAUGGCUUCCUACCCAUUUAGAGACCACAAACAAUGGAACAUUGGUCAUUUUGGGGUUAUGACAAGGUAUGAGAAAGGGUAGGCGAUUUCAUUUGGGUGUAGUUGCCCUUUAAAGCAGAUCUUGGAUCAGUUUAGCAUUUUCCCCCACUAAUGGUUAAGGUUAGGAAUGGGGAGCGGAAGUUGAUCCUAGAUCUGUACCCAGGGGAAACUUCGUCCCAGAACUUUUCAUUACUGGUGGAUGGUAAUCUCACAUAUUGUGCCUUGAAGUGAUGUGAUGAGUUUAGCUGUCCAAUACAGACUGUGCCCUGCCCUCUAGUGGUGAGUAGAGGAACCAAAACAAAACAUCCCAGCUGUGCAGCUCCUCCUACUGGAGAACCACUGAGAAUGCAGGCUUUUGCUCUAGCCCUGCUCUAACACCAGACUCCGCUAAUCCAGUUCUGAACCUGUUAAAGCUAGAAAAAAACUAUAUAUAUAUAUAUAUAUAUAUAUAUAUAUAUA